AAUCAUUUUCCACCAUGGUAACUGGCUUUAACGUUUCCCAUUUCGAGACACUCAGGUACUGCUACACAAUGACAAAGGUUACUCAAGGUUCUACGUUCCUGGACGCUCUGGAACCACUCGCGUACCGGGCAACAGCGGGCCAUCUAUGUUUGCUCUCAGUCUUCUUUGCCAUUGUUUCUUUAGUGGUUAGCUUAGAACGGUCCGUCCUGAUUCAGCACGGCCCGCUAUCGUGGCACGAUGAUGUAUGGUGAUCGAGAGCAUUACGCCGUCGUUGUGAACGAUAAGAUGUCAACUGAACUCUCCCUUGUACCUUGCACAUCUUCGGAAACCUACCUGCCUACCAUAUUUUGAGCAGCUCAAAUAGUUGCUCAAACGUUCACAGCAUAUCUUGUGCUGUAGACAUCGUGAAGCGAUCAACGGGGUUCAUCCAACGUUUUGCUCCACUUGCGGCCAUCUGCAGAGGGUCAACGGGGCCGGACUCGAACAUUCUCCUUGAUCAGUGGGUCAACAGACAGAUCACUUGAACUUCCACCAGCGAUGUGUCCCGCUUCUAAGAUGUUUGUUGCAUGCGGUGAAGCGAUAGGAGCCGUGUUAAAUGCCAAUUCAUCCCAGUGUUCCUCGAUACUUAAAGCACCUUGGGUGCCCUUUAACCUCGGUUCAAUUCAAACAGUGAUGGGAUUCCGCAAAGCCUUUCAAAUUACUUCUGCUUUGCUCGCUUUGUUUACUGGAGUCACGCCUCAGACCAUUGGGCUGGCUCCCAAGAAGUUUCUCAGCUUACCUCUUGGUGCAGUCAAAGCGUCAGGUUGGCUCCAAGAUCAGUUGAUAGUGCAGAACAAUGGUCUUGCGGGCCAUGAGCAUGAGUUUUAUCAUUAUGUUUCUCAAAGCGAUUGGAUCGGAGGAGACUCCUUCUAUUCAAACCUUGAGGAAGCUGGUUCAUAUUGGUUUAAUGGCAUGGUACCACUUGGUAUAUUGCUCAAUGACUCGACGGUACAAUCUCAAACCCAGCAAUUCCUUGACUACGUCCUCGAUCAUCAAGACUCCACUGGAUGGCUCGGACCUGAGGUGAACACGACCAAACCUAGAUAUCUCUGGGGCCGAUACCCGUUCUUAUUUGGUGCUAUUCAAAUGGUGGAAGCCAACCCUGCACUUGAAUCUCGAGUCGUGCCCGCUUUGCACAAAUUUGUCUCCCUGGCGAAUGCGAUGUUGCACAACGGCACAGGUGUAGAUGAUUGGGCGGCGACACGAUGGGAAGACUUCGUCAUCGCUUUGCAAUGGCUAUACGACUUUCAUCCUGACGGUCAAGAAGACAUCCUCAUCGAUACCAUGAAGAUGCUUAAGUUUACCGGAGAUCCUUGGGAACAAGUGUUCGCUGAAGAAAAUUUCCCUCAAGGACCCGUAGAACAUAUGAGUAACCCCUUUCCAGUGUUGACCUGGCACGGUGUCAACAUGGCGGAAGGACUGAAAGCGCUUCCUUCCACAUUCAGGUUCACUCACAACCAAUCUGAUCUCGAUGCCGCUAGUUUGGGAUGGGAUCUUCUCUUCAAAUAUCAUGGGAGACCAUCUGGUAUAUAUGCCGCCGACGAGUAUCUUGCAGGUUUAGAGGCUGUAAGAGGGACUGAAUUAUGCCUGGUCGUGGAAACGAUGUUCUCCGGAAGCUAUUUGUAUCAAGUUAUCGGAGACCCGAAGUUCGCGGAUCGUGUGGAACGUAUCACCUACAACGCACUCCCUGCUACUCUGACUGGAGACAUGUGGUCCAGACAGUACUUACAACAACAGAAUCAGAUCGCUUCCAAGGAUAUGUCACCCAAUCCGUUCCCGAAUGAUGGUUCUUACUCCAAUGUCUUCGGUCUCGAGCCCAACUAUCCCUGCUGUACUGUGAACCAUCCCCAAGGAUGGCCGAAGUUUGUCUCCAAUUCAUUUGUCACUACGCCCGAUCAGAAGUCUCUCGUGCACGUCUAUCUGGGACCUUUCGACACCAGUGUGACUUUGGCCGGAGGAAACAAAGUUACAGCGAGCGUCGAUACAUUGUACCCAUUUAGUGACACUCUCACGACAACCAUACAUGCGGAUAAGGCGUUCACUUACUAUGUUCGAAUUCCCUCGUGGGUCAGCAAGGGUACAAUCUCAGUCGAUGGUGCCGCUGCCAAAGCUGUCUCGCCUUCAAAUGGCCUGCAGGCUGUUUCUGUUCGUGCUGGUACAACGAAGAUCGUCUCGAAUAUUCCGGCAGACAUCACUAUCGAAUCUCGUCCACACGGAUCAGUUGCUGUUCACCGCGGUCCUCUACACUAUGCCUUCGACAUCCCACGUACUCAAAAGAUCCUCGCUCAGAAUGCACAAGAACCGCGAGCUGUCGACCUUGAGUUCGAUGCAACUGAUGCCUGGCAAUAUGCUAUCGACCCUUCGAGUUUACACUUCAAUGCCCGGACUCCGUCUGGUGGAAAGCUUCCUUCACCUGUGUUUGAUUCUGGGCUUCCACCUUUUACUAUCACUGCCACUGCGUGUCCUAUCAAUUGGAGUGUUGCUGGAGAUACUUUCGCUGCAGCUCCGCCUGCAAGCCCAGUUACGUGCACUGGAUCUACCAGGAAUAUUACGUUGUGGCCUUUCGGUGCGACGAAACUUCGUAUUGGGGAGUUCCCAACAUUCAAUGUUACAGCCUGAUGCUUCUGUCCGUAACAUUGGCACCGUGGAAAGCGUUUUACGCAUUUUUGGCUUCAUGAUGUGGGCAAGGAAAAUAGUGUCAUACAAUUUUGAACUUUGUCACUACGAUCUCAAAGGCGCUAGGUAGAUGUAUCAUUCAGUUUGCUCAUUCUGACUAUCGGACGCCGAUCGCGUUGACGCGACGCGAUCGAGAUAUAUCGUACCU